UGACAAUAUUAAUUACAUUUUAAACGAAGUCAAGGAUAUUUUUUUAUUAUAACAAUUGUUUUGAUAAAUAUUUUAUAUUAAAUCGAAAAAAAACAGUACCUAGGUACUCCUAUACUUAAUGAUGAGGCAAAAAACUGUAUUUCUGGUGGUAUUCUUUUGUAAUCUCGUUUACAUUCAAUGCUUUCCUUAUCAUCUUCAUUCCCAUGACGAUGCUGCUGUGAAGGAUGACUUAUCUGAUGUGAGGCCCGUUACCAACAACCUCCCACUUGAAGAUAUUGUGGAUAAUAACGAAGUUGAUUUGAAAGACCCAGUUGCCGUUAGAUGCCUCGGCCUUGGAUUAUAUUUUUUAGGUGGUUUGGGACAACUGGCCGGUGGCAUAGUUGAUGUUGUAGUUAAAGGAGCAGAUUUUCUUUUUGGUAGCGAUGAACAACCACCUUGUGAAAUACCAGAACCACCUUGUGGAAUACCACAACCACCUUGUGAUAUACCAGAAGCACCUUGUGUAAAUUAGUAUUUAUCAUCGGAUGAUAAUAUAGUCAUUUAAAUAACAUGUCUCAUGUUCUUUAUUAAAUAUCAUAAAGUCGG